AUGUUGGAUCAAAUGGCAAACGAAAUCAAGCUCAUCUCUGGGAGCUCUCACCCGGAGCUCAGUGCCAAAGUCGCCAGCCGGCUAGGCAUUGAUAUAGCCAACACCAUGAGUCUCAACUACUCAAAUCAGGAGACCAGUGUGUCUAUUGGAGAAUCUGUUCGAGAUGAAGACGUCUUCAUUCUCCAGUCGACAGCCCCCGGGGAUGUCAAUGACGGACUAAUGGAACUGCUCAUCAUGAUUCAUGCAUGCCGAACUGCUUCUGCUCGCCGAAUCACUGCAGUCAUUCCCAACUUUCCUUACGCCCGCCAGGACAAGAAGGACAAGUCGCGCGCCCCUAUCAGUGCCAAGCUCAUUGCAAACAUGCUCCAAGUUUCUGGUUGCAAUCACGUCAUCACCAUGGACUUGCACGCCUCUCAGAUUCAGGGUUUCUUCAACGUUCCUGUCGACAACCUCUAUGCUGAGCCUUCUGUCCUUCGCUGGAUCCGCGAGAACCUGGAAUCACAAAACUGCGUCAUCGUGUCGCCUGACGCUGGUGGUGCCAAGCGAGCAACCGCCAUCGCUGAUCGUCUGAAUGUCGGGUUUGCUCUGAUCCACAAGGAGAGACCUCGCCCCAAUGUCGUUGGUCGCAUGGUCCUGGUUGGCGAUGUUCAGGACAAGGUUGCCAUUCUGGUUGACGACAUGGCUGAUACCUGCGGAACUCUUGUCAAGGCCGCCGAAACUGUAAACCAGCACGGCGCAAAAGAAGUCUACGCCAUCGUCACUCACGGUAUUCUAAGUGGCAAGGCUAUCGAGAACAUUAAUGCCUCAUGUCUCGCCGGAUUGGUCGUCACCAACACCGUUCCCCUCGGUGACAAGACUGAGAGAUGUCCCAAACUUAAGGUGAUUGACGUCUCGGCCACUCUAGCAGAGGCAAUUCGCCGCACACACAAUGGCGAAUCGGUUUCUUACCUUUUCACCAACGCCCCUGUCUAA